AUGAGAAAAUUUACAGGUGGCUCAGUGGUAAAGAACCCACCUGCGACUGCAGGAGACUCAGGAGACACAGGUUCAGGCCCUGGGUUGGGAAGAUCCUCUGGAAGAGGAAAUGGCAACCCAUUCCAAUAUUCUUGCUUGAAUAAUCACACAAACAGAGGAGUCUGGCAGCUACAGUCCAUGGGGUUGCAAAGAGUUGGAUACUACAGAAUGACUAAACAUGCAUGCAUGAGAAACUUUAAAACAUUCACAGAAAGAGAGAACAGUGUAAUAAAUCUCUGUGCACACAUCACCCCAGAAAAUCAACAAGAAUAUAGUAUGCUAUAUAUUAUUUAUGUUUAUAAUAUAAACCAUAUAUCACAUAUGUUUUAUAAUUAUUAUAUAUUACAUAAUACAAUAUACUUUAUAUUAUUAUAG